AAUUUUCUUCAAUCGCCGCGAAGAUUUCACAGCGUUUGGGCGUGUUUUUUCCGUAUCUGCCUCAGCAAAAUCACAUAUGCGGGCUCAAUUAAUUCAUAAAAGUACACCCAACAUUCAAGAACAGGAAGAACGCCGUCACAGUGCUGCAUUUAAUCAAAAAUAUUGAUUGGAAAACUCUCGCGUAUAAUUAAACUCCACUUCCAAUUCGCAUCUCUCUCUUUGUACGUGUGUGGGUGUAGGCCGCAUUUGUAUUAGUGCGUGAGCAAAUUAUUGUAUAAUCGCCAAAAAAAAAAUAAUAAUAGCAAAAACGCCAACGCCAGAGCAAAAAGCCAAUGAGAACAACCUGCUAAGCUACGGAAUAAGCAAAAAAAAAUUAAUAAACUGCUCAGGUGAACUUUACAAUUACAACUACAUUCAAAGCAGUAAUUUUUUAAAAUAACUACAAUAUCAUAUUGAUAUAAAAUAAAAUAAAAUAAAUACAUCUAAAAACUCGCUGACCUACUGAAUUUGAUAGAUACCACAAAGUCAUUAUAAUAAAACACCUGCAUAAAAACCAUUCAACAAAACCAGUUGAGCUACUUACAAUAAAACCAGCUGAUCUACCGAAUAGAGCCCUCUGCACCAAUAAACUUAAUUGAGCUCCUGAAUUCAUCGAUUACCUAGACAUCAUGCAGGCGAUCAAGUGUGUGGUUGUGGGUGACGGAGCGGUGGGUAAAACCUGCCUGCUGAUCAGCUAUACGACCAACGCCUUCCCUGGAGAAUAUAUACCCACCGUGUUCGACAACUACUCCGCGAAUGUGAUGGUGGAUGCCAAGCCCAUCAAUCUGGGACUCUGGGAUACAGCGGGUCAGGAGGACUACGAUCGCUUGAGGCCCUUGUCCUAUCCCCAGACAGAUGUCUUCCUCAUCUGUUUCUCACUGGUAAAUCCCGCAUCCUUCGAGAACGUGAGGGCCAAAUGGUUCCCCGAGGUGCGUCAUCACUGCCCCAGUGUUCCGAUCAUCUUGGUGGGCACCAAGUUGGAUCUUCGCGACGAUAAGCAGACGAUCGAGAAGCUGAAGGAGAAGAAGCUGACACCGAUUACCUAUCCCCAAGGACUGGCGAUGGCCAAGGAAAUAGCUGCCGUGAAGUAUCUGGAGUGCUCGGCCCUGACCCAAAAGGGUUUGAAGACCGUCUUCGAUGAGGCCAUUCGAUCGGUUCUAUGUCCAGUGGUUCGGGGUCCCAAGCGACACAAGUGCGCCCUGCUCUAAACUUUGAACCCACCAAAAAAAAAACAAAUGGAAGAGAAAUUUUCCAAAAACUGGAGAACAAAGCGCAAAAUUCUGUGCAAAAUGUUCAUAUUCAUUCGCUUUGUUGGGAUUACAGUUACAGAUAGUGUGUGAGUGUAUCUGAGUGUGCGAGUUUAGGGUGUGAGUGUGACGGCAUGAGUGUGUGAUAUUUUUGUUUUUAUUGUCAGUUUUAUGUGGGGGAGCAGCAGCCAGAAAUGCGGAUGGGGGUCUCUGGGGGGCAGAUCACGCAUAGGAAGAUAUAUACACAUAAGCAUAUAAGUAUGAUAUUGUGCAUACACGGGAAAAAUUUAUGUGGAAGAACUUUUUUAACUAAUCCACAUUGCCUUUUAUGGCGUUUAAAAUGUUUAGUCAUUUGAAAUUGUUUUUUCAACUAAUCAUGAAUAAAAUAUUUAACAUUUUGAGUGAUUAAUAUUUCAUAAAUUGGGAAAUUUCGACUACAUUUUAUCGCGUUUUUUAUUAAAUUUUGACGAAUAAACAAUUAAAAGCAUGUACUUUAAGUCCAUAUUAGGCUAGAAAACAAGUGCUUUACUAAAUGUCCUAAACAUACCCAAGAAAUAUUUUUUUGCCGUGCUUGCGAAUUAGUUGCGUUUGCUUGCAAAAGAAACUCGGCCAGCGAAAUGUAUGACAAAUCAAAUAAAAUUAAUUGUAUAUAAAUCUAGACGAUUUAAAGCUCUCAGCGCCCCAAACACAGUCACUAUAACCAGAAACAGAACCAGAACCAGAUAGCUCUUAUCUGGCAGGGGCAGCACAACCCAGGCAAGGCCCCGCCUUUGGCCAAUAUCUGAACAAUCGAACGGGGGAUCGGGAAAUCGGGGAAUACGGCAAGCCGACAUAAAAAAGCCUUCACUUAUAUAGUAGUUAGUGUUACGUGUGAAUGUGCGUCUGAUCAAUAGUCUUCCCACUCGAUGCAUUUGCCUGCACUUGAUUUAAUGUAUACUAAAUGCACAAUUAGCCUCUACUUUGAUGUUAAUUUAUAUACUGAUAUUUAUGUUAAAUAAAUGCAUACACUUUGCCAAAUUGUUUUCACGAAAGAGAGUUAAAUAUAAAACCAAUUUAUUUAUAUUAACACAUAUUUACCAAUAAAGAGUGUAAUAAUAAUCAAUAAUAAACGUUUGUGAAAAGCUAA